GGCGGCAAAUAGUCAGAAAAGGGGAGGUGCACAGCUCAACAAACUCCAGACGUAGAUAGUUAUCUUAACGAAAAGAGACCUCAUGUACGUAGAAGACUUCUCGUUAAUCAAUGGGAGGUUAGUUAGGUGACCAAGGGGUGCAGAUUCUUCGUACUUUCGAGACGGGACCAGGAGUUGUACGGAGCAAGAGGGCCCGCUUGGAGAAGCUAUGGAUCAGGGCAAGGCGAGCGUGUGGGCGCGGCUGGAGCCCUUUCUCCUGGGGGCGCUACAGGCGGCGCCCCCGGCCAAGCUCAGCAUGCACUACCUGCGCAAGAUGGCGGCCUACGUGCACACCCGGGAGGGCUGCUACCCGCGCCUGGGCUGGCCCAUGUGGCGGCACAUCGCCUGCGGCAAGCUGCAGCUGCCUGAGGACCUGGCCUGGCUGUACUUCGAGACCUUUGACCUGCUGAUGCCCCACGCUCCUGAAGACAGGCUCGGGUGGGCUGAAGCCCUGUCACAGUGUCACUCCACCAAGGAGUUGGACAGAGUGCGCAGCAAGUUGUCUGUGGACACGCUGCAGUUCCUGCUCUUCCUGUACAUGCAGCAGCUGAACCGCGUGUCCCUGCGCACGUCUCUGAUUGGUGAAGAGUGGCCCAGUCCUCGCGCUCGCUCCCCAUCCCCUUCCUCUGACCGUGAAGCCAAGACUAGCUCCCAGAAUAAGAACUGGGAUGACCAGGCUCACCUGACCUUCGUUCAGACCCACCUGUCGGACUUGCUGGAGCUGCUUGUGGAGCCGGGGCAGCUGAGCCAGUUGGGGCAGGUGGUGCGGGACAGUCAGGUUUCCAUGGAAGCGGUGCAGGGGCUCAGCUUCUUGCUGGAGGGGUCGGUGAGCCGGGGACGGACCGUCCACCCGCUGCACAGGCUACUGAGCCGCGCCCCGCUCCAGGCCCAGGCCGGCUACUCCAAGAUCAGCCGCUCCUUCUCCCUGCAGCAGCUGCAGACCUGGCUGCGUCAGGCGCUGGACCUCAACCCCUUCGGUGUCUCCGCCUGUCUGCGCUCGGGCAAGAAGCUGGCCUGGGCCCAGCAAGUUGAAGGCUCCAUAAAGAGGGCGAAGAUUGCUCGCAACACCCACAUGGCACCGCCAGGCAGCAAAGUGAUGCUGGUGUCGCAGGUGUUCCGGCAGACGCUGGCGAAGGACUCGGACAAACUCGCUGGAGCCAACGUCAAACUGCACCGAUGCAGCGAGGCUUUUAUUUACCUCCUCUGCCCCCUCAGGUCUGUGAGCUUGGACAAGUGCCGGAACAGCACAGUGGUGCUGGGCCCGGUGGAGACCAGCGUGUACGUGCAGAGUUGCGAGAACGUGCGGGUGGUGUGCGUGGCCGGCCGCCUGGCCGUGGGCGCCUCCUCCCACUGCACCCUCCACGUCCUCACCCCGACCCGGCCUCUGCUGCUGCCCGGCAACGUGGCCCUGACGCUGGGGCCCUUCCACACACAUUACCCCUCCCUGGAGGACCACAUGGCCAGCGUUGGCCUGGCCGUGGUCCCCAACGUCUGGGAUCAGCCCUUGGUGAUAGGCGCCGAGGGGACCCCCGCUGCGGACAGCCCCCCCUACCGUCUUUUACCGCCUGCAGAGUUCUGCUCCUUGGUGAUACCUUUCCACACGGAGGGGGACACCUGCGAGGUACCUGGAGGACUGCCUCCCCUCUACAAGGAGGCCCUAGAUGCUCGGGAGAGCAGGGUGCAGGACUGGCAGAAGAUGGUCAAGGAUGCGCGUCUUACGAAGGAACAGCGACGUCAGUUCCAGGCACUGGUAGAGCAGAAGUUCCACGAGUGGCUGCUGGAGUCAGGGAACAGGCAGCAGCUGGACAGUCUCAUUCCCCCUGCUGUCACAGUCAGCGCCGAGGACACGUCAGGCAGCUGGGUGGACGCCUACAGCCCAAAGCGCAGAUCCAGUGAAGCAAACCGUGAAGGACCCAGAGAGCCAGCGGGGCAAGCGCCCACAGCGUGCUAACGAGGUGGUCGCACA